AUGCCUCCUUAUAGAACGACAGGCUCACCUUCUAACUUUACCCCUGCCACGCCCUUGGUAGCACCUUCACCGCAGUUGCACGACCGUGGUCCGGAGGGAGAGGGUGUGUUGCCUGGCAUGAUUCCCACCCCCUUCCUGCCAACAUGCGAUGACAUUAACGCCAGUGGACGUGACGCGGACACCGGUCUUGGCGGCGCUGCGUCUGGACACGACGUCGCCGGGCAUGCGAUGGCGGAAAUACAGAGGUUGUGGGCGCAGGUUCAGGCGGUUCGUGGGACAGGGGAUCCCGCAGCAGGAUCAGCGCCGAACGUGCCGAACUUCACACUUGGCGAAGAUGUGCAUGCGGCUCUUGCGGGAAUGAACGACCUGGAGGCGGAAGUGUCGGGCAAAGUAGCGGGCGAUGUCACGCCAGGCAUGGCAGCCCAGCCGCCGGUGUGGAGGCCGCACGGCAGGGCGCCCGAUGCCCCUCAACAGAGUGGGGUUCGGAGGGACGCAACACCGGCGACGCAGGCACCAACACGGCCCGCCAGAGCUGCAUCCAAGUUACCGCCACUUGCAGACGCCUUUGAGAGGCCAAACCGCGGAUUCGAGUUGAACCGACUGGCAGGAGCGGGGAGGCUGGCGAAUGUGGGGAACCCCAUGGCUCGCCGGGUGGGCGGCGUUGGCGUAGGGACUGAGACGGGGAUGGCCGGUGGAAGCGUAGCGCCCGAUGGUGGCGGUACCCCUCCCGCCAUCCAGUUCUACGUGAAGAAGGCAAUGCAUCUGCUGUUGCGUUCCUGCGCCGCGCAUGGCGUCACGUACUGGCCGACGGACGACGAGAGGAACGUGGCCCUUCUCGUUGUGCUACGGUGCCACUACGACGUCUGUCAGCUCGAUGUGGACCGCGCCAUGGAGAAUGGGGCGUACUGCAAAGUGGUCAACAAGAUCUGGUCGAAGUUCAGGAGCGAUUCCUUGUCGCAGGGACGCCAGAGGAUUGUGGAUGGGCUUGAAAUCGCGGUCGCUGCCCCCGGCAUCUACAAGCUGGUGAUCGAUAUCGACACCAAGAAAUCCCUGUGGGGCCGCUAUGCGCCCAGUGAGUGUAGUGGGAUGGUUGGGGAGAAGAUGAUUGGGGAGAAGAUUGGGAGGAUGGUUGGGGAGAAGAAUGGGAGGAUGGUUGGGGAGAAGACUGAGAGGAUGGUUGGGGAGAAGAUGAUUGGGGAGAAGACUGGGAGGAUGGUUGGGGAGAAGACUGAGAGAAUGGUUGGGGAGAAGACUGAGAGAAUGGUUGGGGAGAAGACUGAGAGGAUGGUUCAGGAAGAGAUUGGGGCGAUGGUUGGUAGGGAGGCAGGGCCGAUGGGAGAGCAACAAGGGGAGUAG